CCAAUGACGUCAGGGGAUCGAUCGAGAGCACACCUCGGCCGCCAGCGAUCUCCUCGCGACCUGUCACAUCUGGCACGUGAGCUAGGAUGUCGACACAGCGGGUUAUGUAACGCGGCACAGGACUCCGUGGUUCAUGUUUGAGGCAGGGGAUACGCGCGCUCAUGUGCGGAUUAAGUUUUAGGACCAGAAAUAGCCCUUCGCAGAAGACCUCCCUCCGAUGGGGCGACAGCUGCACCAGGCCUAAUACUUAAGCCUCGCCAGGACGUCCAUAUAAGUUAUCCCGGAACGCGAGUGACAUAACGAUAGUGUAUUUAGAUUAUAUAUUUUAUGAUGGAUUAUUAUUACGCUUUUUAAUUCGGACUCUACUCGUAAGACAAAGGUGCGUGAGAGCGAGGCACACGUUUGAAGGGCUUUUCGUAUCAAGACAACGAAAAUGAUUAACAUAGCGGGCGUGAUCUCCAUCAUCCUAUUCUACGUGCUCAUCCUAGCCGUGGGGAUAUGGGCGGGACGGAAAAAACCAGCGGGCAACGACUCCGAAGAGGAGGUCAUGCUGGCCGGAAGAUCCAUCGGACUCUUCGUGGGCAUUUUCACUAUGACAGCGACGUGGGUGGGCGGCGGCUACAUCAACGGCACCGCGGAGGCGAUCUACACCUCCGGUCUGGUCUGGUGCCAGGCGCCCUUCGGGUAUGCGCUCUCGCUAGUGUUUGGCGGUAUAUUUUUCGCCAACCCGAUGCGCAAGCAGGGCUACGUGACCAUGCUGGACCCGCUGCAGGAUUCCUUCGGUAGCCGCAUGGGAGGGUUGCUGUUCUUGCCCGCGCUCUGCGGGGAAGUGUUUUGGGCGGCUGGCAUCCUGGCGGCAUUGGGCGCAACUUUGGCCGUGAUUAUCGAUAUGGAUCACCGGACCUCCGUGAUCUUCAGCGCGUGCGUCGCUGUUUUCUACACAUUGUUCGGCGGGUUAUACUCUGUGGCCUACACGGACGUCAUUCAGCUGUUUUGCAUCUUCAUCGGUCUCUGGAUGUGCAUUCCAUUUGCGUGGGCCAAUGAGCACGUCAAACCACUCAGUUCCAUGGAAGUGGAUUGGAUCGGGAAGAUCGACCCGGAGUACUAUUGGUUUUACGUCGAUUACGGCCUUCUGCUCGUGUUUGGAGGGAUUCCGUGGCAGGUGUACUUCCAACGCGUGCUGAGUAGCAAGACAGCGGGUCGCGCGCAAGUGCUGUCGUACGUCGCCGCCAUCGGCUGCAUCUUCAUGGCCAUCCCACCAGUGCUCAUCGGAGCCAUCGCCAAGGGUACAGCGUGGAACGAGACCGACUACCGCGGUGCUCUGACCCCGGAAGGCGAACUGACCUCCGAACAGACAUCCAUGAUUUUGCCGCUGGUGCUGCAGCAUCUCACUCCAGACUUCGUCUCGUUUUUUGGACUCGGAGCUGUGUCCGCCGCUGUCAUGUCCUCGGCUGAUUCCAGCGUGCUGAGUGCUUCUUCGAUGUUUGCCAGGAACGUGUACAAACUCAUCUUCCGUCAAAACGCGUCAGAAAUGGAAAUCAUAUGGGUGAUGCGCGUGGCCAUAUUGGUGGUGGGUGUACUGUCCACCAUCAUGGCACUCACCAUACCCUCCAUAUACGGACUGUGGUCGAUGUGCUCCGAUCUGGUGUACGUGAUCCUGUUCCCCCAACUCCUGAUGGUGGUGCACUUCAAGAAGUACUGCAACACGUACGGGUCAUUGGCUGCCUAUAUAAUGGCUUUGCUGGUGAGAUUGUCGGGCGGGGAGAAGCUGCUGGGUCUGCCGGCUCUCAUCCACUACCCGGGCUGGGAUGACGAAAAUGAGGUGCAGCUGUUCCCAUUCCGGACCCUGGCGAUGACGAUGUCACUCUUCACGCUGGCUUUUAUAUCAUGGCUCUCAGUGUUCUUAUUCAACUCGGGCUACCUGAGCCCAGAAUCGGACUACUUCAACUGCGUCGUCAACAUUCCCGAAGACAUUCGUCGCGUGGACGAGCCGUCGGAAGCGGGCGAGCAGAUGUCGGUGCUGGGGGGAGUCCCCGGUCGGCUGUACGGCGCCGCCUCCACGCUCGUGGGGCCCGACGAGAAGUCGGGGAGGAUCAACCCGGCGCUGGAGACCGACGACGACGACCUGGACGACCCCAACGACGGCCCCACGCCGCUCUUCGGCAACAGCAGCGCGCCCCCGCCGGUGCAACCCUUCGGGAAACAGACGGCUUUCUGAGACGAUUUUUAUUUUUAUUAGUUCGAACGUUUCAGUUUCCGCAAUCCCGUCACAUCGAAACCCUGAACUUGCGCUUCGACGACGACUCGACAUCGAAGCCGAUCGGUACAGUAUUACUGAGCUCAAACUAUACAUAUCAAAUAUAUGGACCGAACGAUAUCUUCCCGGUGCACACUUCUGUAUCGACACGCUCGUAGCACUGAGCGUUGCCUCAGCCUAGUGUAGCGAGUGACGAGUGCGAGAAGCUAUGUAAUAGAAUUAGUUCUGUAUUAUAAAAUUAAGAGAACUUAUUUUGUAGUCGAUGAUUAUCUAUAUACAUUCAUAUAUAUUAUAUUAUAUUAUAAUGAAACUCAUACAUAUCAAAAGCUAUAUAACUACACGUAUUGUUAGGAAAGAUAUAUGACAUUAUUUACAUUGAAGAGAUUCCUUAUUUAAGUCAAUUAAUGUAGGACGACGAGCGCAAAUGUGUAAACGCGCGAGCUUCUGGGACAUCCGAGUGCGUGUGGGGAGUUUGUGAAGUAGUCGGAGUG